AUGCCAACCAGCGCAGCCACCCGAGUGUCGGACCGCAUCAAGCACGACCACCGGGAGCUGGAGGAGUACUACACCAACAUCAAGAAGGCCCAGCGCGACGACGAAAAGAUACAAUGGCAGAACCAGUUCGUCUGGGAGCUGGCGCGGCACUCCAUCGCCGAGGAGAUCGUCGUGUACCCUGCCUUUGAGAAGCACAUUCCCGACGGGGUGAGGUUGGCCGAGAAGGACCGCGCCGAGCACCAGCAGGUCAAAGAGAAGCUCUACGAAUUCCAAUCCAUGAACCCCUCGGCCCCGACCUUCGAGCAGACCAUCGACUCGCUCUGGGAGACGCUGGCACAGCACAUCAAGGAGGAGGAGCGCGACGACCUGCCGGCGCUGGAGAAGGCCCUCGACGACGACGCGUCGGGCGCGCUGGCCCGUAGCUUCGACCGCACCAAGCUUUUUGUGCCCACGCGCAGCCACCCGGCCGCGCCGGAUCGCCCGCCGUACGAGACGGCUGCGGGGCUCCUGGCGACGCCCCUGGAUAAGCUGAUGGACAUGUUUCGGAAGUUUCCCGAGGGGAAGUAG